GUUGGAUGGGGAUUUGCAAAAAGUUGAAUUGGCAAUUCGGUUGAUUAUAUUCUUUUAUACAAAUUGGCAUUUGACCUCAAGACUAAAUUUGAAAGAUUUUCAGUGAUCAAAAUAAUCGAUUGAACAGUUGUUCGAAAUUUUGUGCAUGGCCUCUUUAGCAAAACUUCUUCGGCCGCUCCCCAGAGCUUUCGUCUUCGCUUCAUCGUCGUCGUCUUCUUCUUCUUCGUUCUUCAAUUCCGCAAGAUUCUCCUGCACCAGAUUUGAGCCCUCGAAAUCGUUUCCGAAGAACUUCGGAUCACUACUCUGCAACCGCGUUUCCAAUUUCAGAUUUAAAAUUUCCGAUACAAUUUACCUGCGGCGGAAGUGUCUUUUGGUAGGAAGUCAGUUAAGUAGGGGAACCAUUCUGGGUGCAUCCGUUGUUUCUGGAUCAAUCAGUUUGUGGCCCAAUGUUUCAUUGGCUAUGGAUGACGGAUUCAUGGAUGAUCGCCAAGACGAUUUAGAUGCAUUAGAUAAUGGAAAACCUGAAGGAACCUUGUGGGAAUUAGCAUUAAGACUCUGGUUGCCUUUUCUUUUCUGUUGGACUGUGUUGACGAACUUGAAUCAUCCUCUUCUGGUUGCGAGCAAAGUGAUCCUAUUCCUUCUUAGCACAAAACCCAGUCCUCUCUCUGUUUACAUUUUUGUGGAGCAGCUUUGCCACUCUUCAUGCCAGGAGCCUCGUCUCUCCAAUGAGAAGAAGUGUGUGGUUGCAAGUAAAGUGGAAGUCCAAGACUACAAGGUUGCGUGUGUGGCCAGAGUCGAAAUAGAACAUCAAAAGAUCACUCUGCUGGGAAUUCUUGGAGGUUGGUGGGAAUUGCCACCCCCUUCAUAUACUGCUCAUCAGUUCAAUGUUUUCUUGGAUAAAUUAGUUCUUCAACCCGCCACUUUUUCUCUGUAAGAAAUAAAUUUAAUAGUAUAAUUUUUAUAUUGUAUUAUAUAUAUCUGUUAUCGACUUUAAAUAUCGGUUUCUAAAUUUUAAAAAGACUAGUA